AUGUCUGAUGCAACAUCACUCCCGUAUUUUCAUGGAAACAUCAGCAAAAAGGCCUGUGAAAUUUUAUUUGCAGCAAAUGGGAAAGACGGAAGUUAUUUACUGCGAGAGAGUGAAACCAUUCCUAAUGUUUUAUGUCUCAGUGUCUACUUUCAAAGAAUUGUAUAUACGUACAGAAUUUUUAAAAAUCAUCGAGGACGUUUUAUGGUUCAGACAGGAUAUGGAGUCAAAGAAAAGUUCUUCAAAAACCUGGCUGAUUUAACUGUUUACUAUAAAAAACCUGGCAAAGGUCUUGUGACUCAAUUAUGUUGCCCUUUGGAAAAAAGCAAAACUAAGGAGGAGGUUAACGUUAAUGAUUAUGAAGAAGUUGAUGAUGCUGACUAUGUAGAAGUCCUCCCUGAUUGA